AUGUUCCUCAAGCUGAGGACAAGGUACCUCAGACUGAGGACAAGGUACCUCACACUGAGGACAAGGUUCCUCACGCUGAGGACAAGGUUCCCCACGCUGAGAACAGGGUUCCUACACGCUGAGAACAAGGUUCCUCACGCUGAGGGCAAGGUACCUCACAUUGAGGACAAGGUACCUCACACUGAGGACAAGGUUCCUCAGGCUGAGGACAAGGUUCGCCAAGCUGAGGACAAAGUACCUCAGACUGAGGACAAGGUUCCUCAUGCUGAGGACAAGGUACCUCACACUGAGGACAAGGUACCUCACACUGAGGACAAGGUACCUGACGACGAGGACGAGGUACCUCACAAUGAGUACGAGGUACCUCACACUGAGGACAAUGUUCCUCACGCUGAGGAAUGGGUUCCCCAAGCUGAGGACAAGGUAGGUCACACUGAGGACAAGGUACCUCACACAUAGGAUGAGGUACCUCACACUGAGGACAAGGUUCCUCACGCUGAGGAAAAGGUUCCUCAAGCUGAGGUCAAGGUACCUCACACUGAGGACAAGGUACCUCACACUGAGGACAAGGCUCCUCCCACUGAGGACAAGGUUCCUCACGCUGAGGACAAGGUUCCUCGCGCUGAAGACAAGGUUCCUCACGCUGAGGACAAGGUACCUCACACUGAGGACAAGGCUCCUCCCACUGAGGACAAGGUUCCUCACGCUGAGGACAAGGUUCCUCACGCUGAGGACAAUAUUCCUAACGCUGAGGACAAGGUUCCCCAAGCUGAGGACUAGGUACGUCACACUGAGGACAAGGUACCUUACACUUAGCACAAGGUACCUCACACUGAGGACAAGCUUCCUCACGCUGAGGACAAGGUACCUCACACUGAGGACAAGGUACCUCACAAUGAGGACAAGGUACCUCACACUGAGGACAAGGCUCCUCACGCUGAGGACAGGGUUCGCCAAGCUGAGGACAAGGUAGGUCACAUUGAGGACAAGGUACCUCACACUGAGGACAAGGUACCUCACACUGAGGACAAGGUUUCUCACGGUGAGAACAAGGUACCUCACACUGAGGACAAGGUUCCUCACGCUGAGGAAAAGGUCCCUCAAGCAGAGGACAAGGUACCUCAGACUGAGGACAAGGUACCUUACACUGAGGACAAGCCUCCUCACGCCCAGGACAAGGUUCCUACCUCUGAGGACAAGGUUCCUCACGCUGAGCACAAGGAACCUCAAGCUGAGGACAAGGUUCCUCACGCUGAGCACAAGGUACCUCACACUGAGUACCUGGUACCUCACACUGAGGACAAGGUUCCUGACGCUGAGGACAAGGUUCCUCACGCUGAGGACAAGGUUCCUUACGCUGAGGACAAGGCUCCUCACUCUGAGGACAAAGUUGCUCACGCUGAGGACAAGCUUCCUCCCGCUGAGGACAAGGUUCUCACGCAGAGGACAAGGUUCCUCAAGCUGAGGACAAGGUACCUCACACUGAGGACAAUGUACCUCACACUGAGGACAAGGCUCCUCACGCUGAGGACAAGGUUGCUCACGCUGAGGACAAGCUUGCUCCCGCUGAGGACAAGGUUCUCACGCAGAGGACAAGGUUCCUCAAGCUGAGGACAAGGUUCCUCACGCUGAGGAAAAGGUUCCUUACGCUGAGGACAAGGCUCCUCACACUGAGUACCUGGUACCUCACGCUGAGGACAAGGUUCCUCACGCUGAGGAAAAGGUUCCUCAAGCUGAGGAGAAGGUACCUCACACUGAGGACAAUGUACCUCACACUGAGGACAAGGCUCCUCACGCUGAGGACAAGGUUGCUCACGCUGAGGACAAGCUUCCUCCCGCUGAGGACAUGGUUCUCACGCAGAGGACAAGUUUCCUCAAGCUGAGGACAAGGUUCCUCACGCUGAGGACAAGGUUCCUCACGCUGAGCACAAGGUACCUCACACUGAGUACCUGGUACCUCACACUGAGGACAAGGUUCCUCACGCUGAGGACAAGGUUCCUCACGCUGAGGACAAGGUUCAACACGCUGAGGACAAGGUUGCUCACGCUGAGGACAAGGUACAUCACGCUGAGGACAAGGUUCCCCAUUUUGAGGACAAGGUUCCUCACGCAGAGGACAAGGUUCCUCACGCUGAGGACAACGUUCCUCACGGUGAGGACAAGGUUCCUCACGCUGAGGACAACGUUCCUCACGGUGAGGACAAAGUUCCUCACACUGAGGACAAGGUACCUCACACUGAGGACUAGGUUCCUCACUCUGAGUACAAGGUUCCUCACGCUGAGGACAAGGCUGCUCACACUUAGGACAAGGUACCUCACACCGAGGUCAAGGUACCUCACACUGAGGACAAGAUUCCUCAAGCUGAGGACAAGGUACGUCACACUGAGGACAAUGUACCUCACACUGAGGAUUAGUUUCCUCACUCUGAGGACAAGGUUCCUCACGCUGAGGACAAGGCUGCUCACGCUGCGGACAAGGUUCCUCACGCUGAGCACAAGGUUCCUCGCGCUGAGGAGAAGGUUCCUCACGCUGAGGACAAGGUACCUCACACUGAGAACAAGGUACCUCACGCUGAGGACAAGGUUCCUCACGCUGGGGACAUGCUUCCUCAAGAAGAGGAAAAGGUACCUCACACUGAGGACAAGGUACCUCACACUGAGGACAAGGUUCCUCAUGCAGAGGACAAGGUUCAUGACGGCGAGGACAAGGUUGCUCACGCUGAGGACAAGGUUCCUCACGCUGAGGACAAGGUUCCUGACGCUGAGGACAAGGUUCCUCACGCUGAGGACAACGCACCUCACACUGAGGACAAGGUACCUCACACUGAGGAAAACGUUCCUCACGUCGAGGACAAUGUUCCUCAAGAUGACGACAAGGGUCCUCACACAGAGGACAAGGUUCCUCUCUCUGAGGACAAGGUUCCUGACGGUGAGAACAAGGUAGCUCACGCGGAGGACAAGGUUCCUCACGUAGAGGACAAGUUUCCUCACGCAGAGGACAGGGUUCCUCACUCUGAGGACAAGGUACCUCACACUGUGGAAAAGCUUCCUCACGGUGAGGACAAGGUUCCUCACGGUGAGGACAAGGUUCCUCACGGUGAGGACAAGGUUCCUCACGGUGAGGACAAGGUACCUCACACUCAAGACAAGGUAACUCACACUGAGGACAAGGUUCGUGACGGCGAGGACAAGUUUCCUCGCGCUGAGGACAAGGUUCCUCACGCAGAGGACAAGGUUCCUCACUCUGAGGAUAAGGUACCUCACACUGAGGACAAGGUGCGUCACACUGUGGACAAGGUUCCUCACGGUGAGGACAAGGUACCUCACACUGAGGGCAAUGUACCUCACACUGAGGACAAGGUACCUCACACUGAGCACAAAAUUCCUCGCGCUGAGGACAAGGUUACUGACAGCGAGCACAAGGUUCCUCACGCUGAGGACAAGGUUCCUCGCGCGGAGGGCAAGUUUCCUGACACAGACGACAAGGUGCCUCACGAUAAGAACAAGGUACCUCACACUGCGGAUAAGGUACGCCACACUGAGAAGAGAGUUCCUCACGCUGGGGACAAGGUACCUCACACUGAGGUCAAGGUACCUCACGCUGAGGACAAGGUUCCUCUAGUUGACGACAAGGUUCCUCAAGCUGAGAACAAGGUACCUCACACUGAGGACAAGGUUCCUCAAGCUGAGGACAAGGUACGUCACACUGAGGACAAGGUUCCUCACGCUGAGGACAAGGUUCCUCACGCUGAGGACAAGGUUCCUCACGCUGAGGACAAGGUACCUCUCACUUAGCACAAGGUUCCUCAAACUGAGGACAAGGUACCUCAUGCUGAGGACAAAGUUCCUCAAACUGAGGACAAGGUACCUCACACUGAGGACAAGGUACCUCACGCUGAGGACAAGGUUCCUCACACUGAGGACAAGGUAAUUCACCUUAAGGACAAGCUACCUCACCCUGAGGACAAGGUUCCUCAUGCUGAGGACAAGGUUCCUCACGCAGUGGACGGUGUUCCUCACCCUGAAGACAAGGUUCCUCACAGUGAGGAGAAGGUUCCUCACGCUGAGGACAAGGUUCCUCACAGUGAGGACAAGGUUCCUCACGCUGAGGACAAAGUUCCUCUCGCAGAGGAGAAGGUACGUCAGGCUGAGGACAAGGUUCUUCACGUUGAGGACAAGGUUUCUCACGCCGAGGACAAGGUUCCUCACGGUGAGGACAAGGUACCUCACACUGAAAACAAGGUUCCUCAAACUGAGGACAAGGUUCCUCACACUGAGGACAAGGUUCCUCACGCUGAGGACAAGGUACCUCACACUGAGGACAAGGGUCCUCAAGCUGUGGACAAUGUACCUCACAUUGAGGACAAGGUACCUCCCACUGAGAACAAGGUUCCUCAAGCCCAGGACAAGGUUCCUCACGCUAAGGACAAGGUUCCUCACGCUGACGACAAGGUGCCUCAAGCUGAGCGCAAGGUACCUCACACUGAGUAGCAGGUACCUCACACUGAUGACAAGGUUCCUCACGCUGAGGACAAGGUUCCUCACGCUGAGGACAAGGUUCCGCACGCUGAGGACAAGGUACAUCACGAUGAGGACAAGGUUCCUCACUUUGAGGACAAGGUUUCUCACGCUGAGGAAUAUUUUCCUCACGGUGAGGAAAAGGUACCUCACACCGAGGACAAGGUUCCUCAAGCUGAGGACAAAGUGCCCCAAGCUGAGGACAAA